AUGUCGUCUUCGGGAUUUACGCCCUCCUCUGUCGUCGACAUGAGCAAUGAGCGAGAUUGGCCUGCUAACCUCGGUAUGCUGGACUGGGACACAACUCAGAUAGUCUUCACCAAGCGCUCCCUUCUCGAGUUCAUGAAGUAUGCAGGUGUUACCGUCGAUCCCAAUUUCACAAACAUCCAGAAGUUACCUCGCUUUGCUCACUUUGGGACGGCUGUUGCUUCUGGAGUAAAUUCGGGCCAAUCCUCUUCGAACGUGGACCAACCCUCUUCCAAUGAGACUACGCCUGCAGUCCUUAACUCAAACGCAUUCCGACCUUCGCGCAAGGUUCGCGAAGUGCCUGGUGGUGCACAUACAAAUAUUUUUGGUACCGAUGACAAUGACGCAUUGGCAACUGCACCAUUGAGAGGCGGUGCGAAGCCUACUGAGGCACACUCAGAGCCCGUUGCAGAACAUCCUGCUGUCACUGAGCAGAAGUCUCCCGACUCCGACAAGGCGGAAGAGAUUAGUACCAGUAAUACUGGUUCGAAGAGUAGGCGUACGAAAUCAGGUGUUGCCAGUUUGUGGGAUGCCCCCGACCCAGCCGAUCAGUUCAGACCCUCCAGAAGGGUGCGGGAAAUGCCUGGCGGAAAAGACAGUAUCUCUGGUCUAUUCUGA